CGGAGCCGCGGCGGCAGUGCCAGCCCCGGGGCCGCUCCGCUCCGCUCCGGCCGGGCCCCGGCGCGUUCCCGGUGCCGGUGCCCGGCUCGGGGGAGCCGCGAGUGCUGCGAGGGGCCGGGGUGUGACCCUGGCAGGCGCCGCCGGGCUCCGGGAGGCGGAGCGAGGGGCAGGGUGACCCCGGCACAUCCCUGCCCACCCCCGGGCAGGUCCGCGGCGCUGCCUCCCAGCCGCCCCCAGCGCCCAGCCCUGCGCACCUCGACCCUCCUCAGCCCGGCCCCGGGAGAGGCUGCGGGAUGGCCGAGGGGGAGAUCACCACCUUCAGCGCCCUGACCGAGAAGUUCAACCUGCCCCCGGGCAACUACAAGAAACCCAAACUGCUGUACUGCAGCAACGGGGGCCACUUCCUGCGCAUCCUCCCGGACGGCACCGUGGAUGGCACCAGGGACCGCAGCGACGAGCACAUUCAGCUGCAGCUGAGUGCAGAGAGCGUGGGGGUGGUGCACAUCAGGAGCACCCAGUCGGGGCAGUACCUGGCCAUGGACACCAACGGGCUGCUCUACGGCUCGCAGUUACUGGGUGAGGAGUGUCUGUUCCUGGAAAGGCUCGAGGAGAACCAUUACAACACCUACGUCUCCAAAAUGCACGCGGACAAGAACUGGUUUGUGGGGCUGAAGAAGAACGGGAACAGCAAGCUGGGCCCGCGGACUCACUACGGCCAGAAGGCGAUCCUCUUCCUGCCGCUGCCCGUCUCGGCCGACUGAGGCCGGCCCCGAAGCUCAGAGAUGACCCCAGGUCCCGAAACCCAACUGCUGCUGCCUCCUUAGAGCUCAGCAGAGCUCCGAGCUUUAGGUCAAGGCUUUGCCAAACCCAGCCAAAGCAGAGCCCCUUUGCUCUGCGCGAAGCUUUGCAGAGAUGAGGGGACGAGCCCUGACACCAUGCCAGGGUCCACGGGGGCCCAUCUCCCCUGCCCUCAGCCAUGUGCCUGUGUGUGCCAUGACCCUCAGCUGUGUGCCCAUGUGUGCCAUGACCCUCAGCCCUGUGCCCAUGUGUGCCAUGACCCUCAGCCAUGUGUGCCAUGACCCACAGCUGUGUGCCUCUGUGUGCCAUGACCCUCAGCUGUGUGUGCCAUGACCCUCAGCCAUGUUCCCAUGUGUGCCAUGACCCUCAGCCAUGUGUGCCAUGACCCUCAGCCAUGUGCCCGUGUGUGCCAUGACCCUCAGCCGUGUGCCCAUGUGUGCCAUGACCCUCAGCCAUGUGUGCCAUGACCCUCAGCCCUGUGCCCGUGUGUGCCAUGACCCUCAGCCGUGUGCCCGUGUGUGCCAUGACCCUCAGCCGUGUGCCCAUGUGUGCCAUGACCCUCAGCCAUGUGUGCCAUGACCCUCAGCCAUGUGUGCCAUGACCCUCAGCCAUGUGCCCAUGUGUGCCAUGACCCUCAGCCAUGUGUGCCAUGACCCUCAGCCAUGUGUGCCAUGACCCUCAGCCAUGUGCCCAUGUGUGCCAUGACCCUCAGCCAUGUGUGCCAUGACCCUCAGCCAUGUGCCCAUGUGUGCCAUGACCCUCAGCCAUGUGUGCCAUGACCCUCAGCCCUGUGCCCGUGUGUGCCAUGACCCUCAGCUGUGUGUGCCAUGACCCUCAGCCCUGUGCCCGUGUGUGCCAUGACCCUCAGCUGUGUGUGCCAUGACCCUCAGCCCUGUGCCCGUGUGUGCCAUGACCCUCAGCUGUGUGUGCCAUGACCCUCAGCCGUGUUCCCAUGUGUGCCAUGACCCUCAGCCCUGUGCCCAUGCCCAUGUGUGCCAUGACCACGCUGCAGCUCCCGGGACCUGCCCUGGGCAGGCACCCAGAAACGUGCCCGAGGGUCACGCCGGUUCCCAGAGAAGCGCACACUUUGUGUCCCCAGGCAUUCUAAGGCAAAGCCUCCCUGGACACUGUGUGUUAAUAUAUUUAUCCAUCCAGGUGUGUAGCUUCUGACAUGCCCUCGAGCGACUCCAGAUUGCACUGUCAGUCCCGUUAUCCAGGGCCAGCCUGGUGUGCCAGCUGGGCACGUUAAGCUGAGCUAGGCAAAGCUCCAGCCUCAGACCUUAUCUCCCUCACAACAUCAGUAGUGUGUAUUUCAUGCUAGUACCUGCCAUAUGUUAUUUGUAUUUAUUUAUUAAGUAAAUAUGUCUCUUCUACAA